CCGAGCGGGGCGCGGGGAGCCCCCGAGCCCGACGGGGACCGAUUGCCAUCCUGCAGCGAUUUCCCUGUGUCAUGGCUCCGGUCUCUUAGCAACGGGCGCGAGUCGGGCGGCCCGGAGCCGCCGCCGCCCCAACUCCGCCCGGCGCGGCCACACAAAGAGGCGCGGGAUGCUCCGGACCUGACACUUCCCAGCAAGUCGCGGAGAUGGCUCGGGCCGCGGCGCCCCGCGCUCCGCCCGCGGCCCGGGCUGAAAAGUUUCUCCAUGCUGCCUUUGUGUCGCCCGGGCGCGCGGUCGCCGGCCGCCCGCCGCGCCAGCCUCGCCGGCCGGAGGAGGUGGCGGAGUAGCUAGAGGGCGGCGGCGCCCCCCUGCAGGAGCCUGCGCCCAGGGGCUCGCCCCGCGCCCGGGCUCGCCAUGAUCGCCACCGGCGGGCUGCUGAGGAUUUCCGCCCGGAAGCAGGAUCCUCUCCGCCCCCCGAGUCAGGUCCCCAAGCGCAAGCGGAAGGCCAAGAAGAGGCGCAAGAACGACGUGGUGGUGGUGAAAGGGAAGCUGAAGCUGUGCUCCAUCUCCGGGCUCAUCGCCCUCUGCGGGAUCCUGGUGCUGCUGGUGGGCAUCGCCAUGGCGGUGGUGGGCUACUGGCCCAAACCCAACGGGGCCACCCAGCGGGAGGCGGGGAAGCAGCUGCCGUCCGCGGGCAGCGGCCCCCGGCCCCCGAGCACGGCCAGCGGCAGCAGCAGGAACCGAACCCGGAGCCCCCCGGGGACCCCAGACGGCACCAACUCCACUGCGGCGGGCACUCCCCGAAGCGCGCCCCCCGCGAAGUCUUCGGCCCCGUCUCCGACCUCCUCCACGUCGGUGGGCUUCUUCUUCCGCGUCUUCUCGGGUUACCUGCACUCGGACAAGCUCAAGGUUUUCGGGCCCCUCAUCAUGGGCAUCGGCAUCUUCCUCUUUAUCUGCGCCAACGCGGUGCUCCAUGAGAACCGGGACAAGAAGACCAAGAUCAUCAACCUGCGGGACCUCUACUCCACGGUCAUCGACGUGCACAGCCUCCGCGCCAAAGACCUGGCGGCGGCUGCAGCGGCGGCGGCCGCCGCGGCCGCGUCCUCCUCCUCUGCCCCCGCCUCGGCGCCCGCCGGGGCCCCGCUCAACGGCUUCCUGGGCUACGUGCAGGCGCGGGGCUUGGACCUGGAGCCUGGGAGCUGCGGCGGGGCGGCGGCGCUGCUGGCCCAGGGCGCCUGGCCAGCCCGGGGCGCCGCGUCGCCCCCCGACCUGUCCUCGUCCCCGCGCCGCCCGCGGGAGCCGCCGAGCCUGACGGAGGCCGUGUACAGCGUCUGCCGCCAGCGCUCCGACGUGGCGGCGGCCAGCAGCAGCAGCAGCCCCGCGCCCUGCAGCCCGGCGGCGAGCUGGGGGCGCCAGAGCACCGCCAGCUCCCUCGUGGGCUCCUCGCUGAGCGCCUUCGCGCUGCUGCCUCUGCACGGGGAGCGCGACGGGGCCGGGGACGCGGAGGGCGCGAGUUGCAGCUGGCAGCGGCCCCCGGGGGAGCGCGGCGCGCGGGAGAUCCCGCGGGGCAAGCUCGACCUGAGUCUGACCGACCUCCCCGGCUGGGAGCCCGGCGAGCCGGCGGCGCGCGCCGCCAGGGGGCAGGGCGGCCGCCUGCCCAGGACCGGCAGGUCCGCGGCCUGGCGGCGCAGCAGCACCAGCGGCCUCCCGGACCCCCGCGCCGCGCCCUCCGCGGGCAGCGCGGACCUGGCCGUCGCUCUCCUGGCCGGCGCCGCCUCCCCGGAGCCCGCCUCGCCGCGGGAGCGCUCGCCGCCCGCCAGGUGUGACUCGCCCCGCUCGCGGUCCGACGACCCACCCAGCAGCAAUAAGGGCUACGCACCCCUGCGGGAGGCUGGCACCUCCCUGGAGUCGGCGGGGGCGGCGGCCGCCCGGGAAAGCCCAGACUGCGCAGCCCCCGCCGCCCCGGCCGCCGAGCAGACCCCGCCGGAGGAGCCGGGGCCCGAGCCCCUCACGGCCGCGGCCGAGUCCCCGCAGUGCGCCCAGAAGCAGUUUACAAACAAAGAGAAACUCUUGAUGAUUUCCCGGUCUCCGGCCGCCGCGGCGGAAGACCAGGAACUGGAAAGCACCGGCUUAUAGGGCCGGGGGGAGGGGGCACGGGGGAGGGCGCAGUGGCAGGAGGCGAGGGCAGGAGGGAGCCCCCUUGGAAUCCGCGGUCUUAGCUGUUCCCUCUCCGCUCGGUGAACUUGGGUGAGGAGAGCGUCCAAUUCCCAAAGAGCUGCAGAAUGUUAUUCUUGAAUUGCUUUCUCAAGACUCCUGUAGAUAACUCCAAGCAAUUUUUUUUAAAGCAAACUAGUAUUUUAUGUCCGAUGGUGAUUGUAUGUUCCAUGAAAACCAAAUGUAUUAACGGGUCAGCGAUCUAGUUCGUUAGAUAAAAAUAAUUAAUUUUCUUAGGCUCAAAAUAAUAUAUUUUUUACAGUAACUGUGCACUUUACUCCUUUGUUUUUUGUUUGUUUUUCAUCCCUAACUCCCUCAACUCUGCCGGUUUUGUCUGUAGCUGCUCCUGAGUGACAAGCUUUUUUUUUUUCCCCCUUCUAUACUUUGGCAGAGCAUAAAAGGGUUUGUCUCAGUUCUCCCAGAACUGUUUUUACUAAAUGAUGUCAAAGCCAAAAGCAUGAGUGUGUCAUGAAAGAGCACUUUCCUUGCUCCACCCCACUCUUUUAUCCACCUGCCCUAAAGCCUCUUUUAUUUUUUAAAAGGGUGUUUACACUUUGCUACUGGGGUAUCUAAUGGAGACCUGAGGGGCCAGCAUCUAGAAAGAUUGUUACUUCCAAAAUUCACUAUAUCCAGUACAUGAUACUUUAUUGAGUAUUAUCUAUCAUACCUGUAUUGAAAUAGCAUUAAUAUUAAAAAUAUUUUUUAAUAAAACAAGUUUCCAGUUAAACAUAA